CACAGAUUACCAGCAACAUGACCUACCUCCACCUACAAGCCUGUGAGACAGACAUCCUGGAAUGACAUAAAGCACAAAUAAACAACACGAAAACAUCAUCCCGCUCAGCAUGAGCCAUCACUCUUCAUGGAGAGGGCAUCACUGUGCCCCUGGAGACAUCAACUGCACCGCAGGCUUUAAGGAAUCUUUGGGAAGCAGAAACUACAAGUUGCUCCAUGUGCCUGUCCAUGGGCCGACCCACAGCCACCACCAUGAUCCUCCACACCCAUUCCCCACCGUGGAUGUUCCAGAUCAUGCCCACUACAUCAUCGGCUCUGUCAUCCUAAUAGUCGGCAUCACCGGAGUGAUUGGAAAUGCACUGGUAGUCUAUGUUUUCUGCCGGAGCCGUACUCUUCGCACCGCUGGAAACAUGUUCAUAGUAAACCUGGCUGUGGCUGAUUUCUUAAUGUCCAUCACCCAGUCUCCUGUGUUCUUCGCAGCCAGUUUACACAGGCGCUGGGUGUUUGGCGAGCGUUCUUGCGAGCUCUACGCUUUCUGCGGUGCCCUCUUUGGAAUCUGCUCCAUGAUGACUUUGACCGCCAUCGCUGCUGAUCGUUGCCUCGCCAUAACUCAGCCUCUCGCCCUAGUAAGCAGAGUUAGCAGACGCAAAGCUGGAGCUGUGCUGGCGGUUGUGUGGCUCUACUCCCUUGGUUGGAGCCUUCCACCUUUUUUUGGCUGGAGUGCUUAUGUCCCUGAGGGGCUUCAGACGUCUUGUUCUUGGGAUUAUAUGACUUUCACCCCAUCGGUGCGUGCGUACACCAUCCUCCUCUUUGUUUUUGUGUUCUUCAUCCCACUUGGCAUUAUUGGCAGCUGCUACUUCGCAAUUUUCCAAGCAAUUCGAGCAGCGGGCAAGGAAAUUCGAGAGCUGGAUAGCGGGGAAACGCACAAGGUGUAUGAACGCAUGCAGAAUGAGUGGAAGAUGGCGAAAGUUGCUCUUGUUGUCAUUUUGCUUUUUAUUAUAUCCUGGUCACCCUAUUCUGUGGUGGCUCUCACCGCUACGGCUGGUUAUUCCCAUUUCCUGACCCCCUAUAUGAAUUCAGUACCUGCUGUGAUUGCCAAGGCCUCAGCCAUCCAUAAUCCAAUCAUCUACGCCAUUACACAUCCAAAGUAUCGGGUGGCUAUCGCACGUUACAUUCCAGUACUUCGUUCCAUCUUGCGUGUGAAAGAGAAGGACCUUCGUUCCUCUUUUAGCUCUGGAAGUGUUAGUUCCCGUCGUCCAACCCUCACCAGUCAGUGCUCUUUGGGGGUUAGCAUGGGCAAUGCUGCACGAGCUAAUGGCCGCUGGGGGAAGACACGCUUGUCUUCUGCCUCUGACAGUGAUUCUUGCUGGACUGAGAGUGAGGCCGAUGGUUCCAGUGUCAGUUCCCUGACCUUCGGUCGUCGUGUUUCCACAGAAAUCUCUACAGAUACUGUCAUUCUUUCACCUGGAUCAAGUGUUAGCAAUGCUAGUGGGCAGAAAUCUGAGAGAGCACACAAAGUUGUUAGUGUACCAGUCCCGUCUAUUACUUUCGAAACAGAUGCAGCAGACGGGGAAUCUCUGUCUGAUGGGAAGGCUUUGCUUGGAGGGAACUAAAGGAAUGAUACUGCACUUCGUUUGAUUCUAAUUUCCUAAGUAGUAGAAACAGUAGUACUAUUAUUAGUAGUACUAUUAUUUUUGGUUAUGAAUAUAUAAUCUUUUAUUUUUCUUCACUCUACACAUGUUGUAAGUAAAGCCCCGGUCAGAUCACACGAAUUUAUCACGAUUUCCUUGACGUAGGGUCUCGUGGGGAUUCGUAAACAACAAAUAGGCGUCGUGGUACAAGAUUCAACCAUUUCUUCUUGUGUAAUGUGGCAUAGUUCACAACAACCGAUACAACAUCGCAGAAAGUCUAGUAUGUUUAAUUUUUUUCUCAUUCUUUAUGACGAGUUCUGUCUCGUGGUUGACACUGCAAUAGGAGCACAUAAUUUCUUGUUUAUAUCAGUGGGUGCUGCCGUUAAUAGGCUGCAUAUUUACUUAUGGGUGGGUCAUGGGUGGAUAAGAUCAAUCAUUGGUUAUGCAAACUUUAACUACCUUUUCUAAAAUAUUAAAGCGUUUUAAGCAAUUUUAUCUGCAGACAGCUUCAUUCUCACAACGAGUUUCUGAGUUCCUCCUUCCAACAGAGUUUGUUCUUCCAAGGUAAUCUGGGAACAUGUUCAGUGCUGCGAAUACAUUGUAAAAUCAUUUCCUGCUUAUUUAAAUUUGUGGUAAGCAGUGAAAACAGUUUAAUAUAGGCUUCUCUGAAACUGUGAAUAUUUCACUUUAAUUUUAUUAAGGCUAGAUUAUUAUUUUAUUUAACAAACCAACACAA